GCAGAUCUGGCUGACUCUCCCCUACCAGGUUCAUGUUGUGCUCUGAACAUCACAUAGGCUUUUCUAGGCAGGGCUUGCACUGCCAGUCUUUGUUUGCAUGUCACCCACUCCCAAGAGCUGUAAAUAAGGUAGAGCAGUUGACAGAAGAACAGAAGAAUGAGUUCAAGGCUGCCUUUGAUAUCUUUGUCCUGGGUGCGGAGGAUGGCUGUAUCAGCACCAAGGAGCUGGGCAAGGUGAUGAGGAUGCUGGGCCAGAACCCCACACCUGAGGAGCUGCAGGAGAUGAUUGACGAGGUGGACGAGGAUGGCAGCGGCACAGUGGACUUCGAUGAGUUCCUUGUAAUGAUGGUUCGGUGCAUGAAGGAUGACAGCAAAGGGAAGUCUGAGGAGGAGCUGUCAGAUCUCUUCCGCAUGUUUGACAAGAAUGCUGACGGCUACAUUGACUUGGACGAACUGAAGAUGAUGCUGCAGGCUACGGGGGAGACCAUCACAGAAGACGACAUUGAAGAGCUCAUGAAGGACGGCGACAAGAACAAUGACGGCCGCAUUGACUAUGACGAGUUCCUGGAAUUCAUGAAGGGUGUGGAGUAGACACUGGCUUUGUUCAGAGUUGCCCAUGCCUGUGCUCCCUCUCCAGACAGAUCCUGUGGUACGGGUGCAACUGGGUUCUC